UUAGUGUGAGUACAUUAAUAAAUCAGCAUUCUCCUGGGGCAUAAAAUAGAUCCUUACUUCAACUUUGAGAUGUUCUGUGACAGGAUGAAUUAAAAGCUGAAAAGUAUAAAGCAGAUCAGCUUUUGUUUGCACAAUUUAGUCCACCUGCUGCAACAUAUAGAUCUAGAGUGUUUUCCUGAUCAUAAAGUACGCCAUGCAGAAUCUGAAGAUUCAAAAAGAGCAGGAAUCCAUCAUUUGAUUAUGUGAUUUGUUCUGUGAUUGCAGAGAAUAAAAGCUGUCUCUCAGUGAGAAAAGCUUCCAGUAAUUUGUUUAAGAGUGUAACAUGUGGAGGUGUAUGCAGUGGGUGGCCUGAGUGAGAGCGUUCAGAAUACCAAAGAAAAACUGGUAAUUGUGCUUUAGGAAGCACAUUUUCACAAGGCAGUUCAGUUUGGUUUAGUUUCUCUCUGGGAGGUUGAAGAAGAAAACUAAACUCUUUAUCACUGUCUUCAUUUCCUACUCAAGGUUUUAAAUUUGUGAAACUAAACACAAAACAUACAAGUAUAGAAGUAUCUCAGCUACUUUACGGUGAAACCAAGUAAACAUAAAUUUAAAUUUGAGGCCAGUAACAUGUUUUAUUGAAGCUGAAUUAGGAGCAAAACCGGACUAUAUAAGUUCAUAUAAAGAGUUUUCCCAGUGUUGAAGUAAAAUAUAAAAAACAAGAUUACAAUUACAAAACAUCAGGGCCGGAUUAACAAGGAUAUGGGCCCCUUGGCUGGAAGCCAUUUUGGUGCCCUAUCCUUUAAACAAAAAUAAUUGUGCUACUGCAAAUUAAAGUACAUUAAUAUGUAGUACUACACAUUAAUAUGUAGUACCUGUUCCUACAUAAUUCAGUAGGAACAGGUGAUAUCUACCAACGAUGGUAAGUAUGUUGUUCCCCAAAACAUUAUCACAACAUCAUAAUUUUAAAAUACUUGGAUACUUUUUAUAUUCAGAAAUCCCCAAAUAUUAUUACAACUCCCCUGAUAUGGGCUGAUGACUUUUAUAUCAAAUGUAAUGUCAGCAAAACACGCAUUAAUAAAAAAAAUCUGUAGAGCCUAACAAAAAAUAUUGGAGCCCUGGACUACUGCAAUCCCUUCUGACCCAGACAGUAUGGUAAUAGUAAUGUACAAGACUAUAUUAUGAAAUAAAAUCUUUGAAAUAGUAAUAUCAGGCUCAUGAUCCAAUGGACGUGCAACUGAGUCUGAUUAUUUUAGUCUGACUGCUGCUGGGAGGAAGGAUCUGCAGUAAGGCUCCUUCCUCUCUGCAUUUAGGAUGCAGUAGUCUGUCAAUGUGUUGGACGAUUGCAAAAGAUUGCGAUAAAAUAUGUUGAAAUGUUUAGUUGAAACAUGACAAACUGUAUACUAGUGAGUUAGGUAAUAGUGGAAGUAGACUUCCACUAUUUUAGUGAAAUGUCAUGACGAAAUGUCCAGUCCUCUUUUCCAGGAUUCUGUCCAUUUAAAACAUAAUAUCGGCGCAUCUGUUUGAAUUAGGACGUUCAGAAGCAUGAAUCGGAUCAUAAUUUCUGAGAGUGUUAUUCAGAGCCAGACCAUGAAUGGAUGCUGGGUGAUUAAAGUCGCUUGAAUCUCUGCACCUUUAAAUUUCUCAGCUCCUCCCUCUUCUCAGUGACAAGCCCGCAGAGCUUUUUCUUUAAUGCAUCCAGAGGAAAUGACAAACCAGAGGCGCUCUGUGGGCAGGCAUGUCCAAUAUUAACACUGAUCCUGGGCUUUAGCCGCUGCCGUUCAGCCUCAACUCACAUGUGACUGGCGCUAACUGGACAUCUGCGGUCCCGCUCGUUACUCUGCGGACGCCCCGGGGGUGGGGGGCUGGAGUGGACUCGCUGAAUGGACGUCGAUGGACUGGACUGACAUCCACUUCAGUCCGACUGAAGUGGAAGAGAAAGAGCGAAAGAGAGCUGUGCGUGUUGGAAGUUUCCUGCUCCAAACAGAGCGGCGGCGCGGUGUGCGUGUUGGAUGCGUGUUGGAUGCGUGUGGAAGUGCGUGUUGGGUGCGCAGCGCCCGCUGGAGCUGGAGCUGAAGCUGGAGCGGUGGUAGUGGAGGUGCUGGAGGUGGAGCGAAGUUUAACGCCGUGAUUUUCUCUUUUUUUUUGUUUGUUUAUUUUUCGCUCGAUUUCCUCCGAUUCUGUUGUGUCGCCAUAAUGUCCCGUAAGUGGACAGGUGGGCAAACGUUUCCCCGAUGAAAACGGAUCAUUUGUGCAGAGGCUCAGUGAUCGUGACUGUGAUGAUGAUGUCGAGUAAGAGCGUGGAGUGGCUGCAGGACGAGCUGGAGUCCGGGGCCGGCGCGCUGCUGCUGCUGGACUGCAGACCCCAUGAGCUGUACGAGUCGUCGCACAUCGAGUCCGCCAUCAACCUGGCCAUCCCGGGCCUCAUGCUGCGGAGGCUGAAGAAGGGCAACCUCCCCAUCCGCUCCAUCAUCCCCAACAACGAGGACAAGGAGAAAUUCGUCAAGCGGUGCAAGACGGACGUGGUUCUUCUGUACGACGAGGCGACGUCGGAGAGACACGAGUCCGGGCUGGGGAGCUCCGUGAUGGGGCUCCUGCUGCAGAAGCUGCGGGACGACGGCUGCAAGGCUUUCUAUCUGGAGGGAGGAUUCAACAAAUUCCAGUCCGAGUAUCCAGAACAUUGUGAGACCAAUCUGGACUGCUCGUGCCCCAGCAGCUCCCCGCCGACCUCGGUCUUGGGCCUGGGCGGACUCCGCAUCAGCUCUGACUGUUCGGACGGAGAGUCCGACCGAGAGCCGAGCAGCGCCACGGAGUCGGAGGGCAGCCCGCUCCCCAACAACCAGCCCGCCUUCCCCGUCCAGAUCCUGCCGUACCUUUACCUGGGCUGUGCCAAAGACUCUGCAAACCUGGAUGUGCUCAGCAAGUACAACAUCAAGUACAUCCUGAACGUCACGCCCAACCUGCCCAACAUGUUCGAGCAUGAGGGAGACUUCAAGUACAAACAGAUCCCCAUCUCCGAUCACUGGAGCCAGAACCUCUCGCAGUUUUUUCCUGAGGCCAUUUCAUUUAUUGACGAGGCUCGUUCCAAAAAGUGCGGCAUCCUGGUUCACUGCUUGGCCGGGAUCAGCCGUUCGGUCACCGUCACCGUGGCCUACCUGAUGCAAAAGCUCAACCUGUCGCUCAACGACGCCUACGACUUCGUCAAGCGGAAAAAGUCCAACAUUUCCCCCAACUUCAACUUCAUGGGCCAGCUCCUGGACUUUGAGCGGACGCUGGGCCUCAACAGCCCCUGCGACAACCGCGCCACUUCCCCGCAGCACGACCAGCUCUUCUUCACCACCCCCACCAAUCACAACGUGUUUCAGCUGGACACACUGGAGUCCACUUGAGAGUAUGACUUAAGACUGUCCCAACCCCCUCUCUUUUUUUAAGAGGCAGGAGGUAACGAGCGGCUGCAGUGGGAGGAAAGCAGCCGGUUUUACUGAGGCUCCUGCUCCAAGAGCCUGGCCACAGAGCUGCUCUGGAGCGACCGGAGGGUCACUGAAGCCAAGUUUAAGAAGAUGUGAGAGGAGUUUCUUUAACCCAGAGCAGUGGACUGUGGGAUUACACCUGAGCUGUCAAGGCUCGACUAAGUUGACUCAAGGACCGCAGCAGAACUGACAGCUUAAUACAAAGAAAGGAACAUGGAGGAUCCACAGAGACGACGGCAUUGUCAUGCUGAGCUUGUUGGCGUCUUGUGGAGAAUCUGGGAUUUAUUUGCUCUACUAAAUGUAGAGUGUUUCUUUAAAACCAAGGAAUUAACACACACACACACACACUUAAAAAAAGUAUGUAAGUUUGUACUGUAUGUAACGUAAACAGCAGAACAUGUAUGAGAAGUCCUUAACAAAUUCAAUAUGUCUAUAUGCAUUUUUGUAUAUUUUUAUGUACAUUUACGCACAGAUCUGUAUGUUUAUAUAAUGAUAUAUUCUUUAUCUUUGUCCAAAAACAAAGUGAUUCAAUCUGAAAAUGGCUUAAGAGAUUGUAAAACUAAAGAAAGGGAAGAGUUGUUGGAGUUUUUUGUUUUGUUUUUUUUUCCGACUUGUUUUUAAUUUUUAAUGACACAAUGCAGUUUGCACAGUGGUGUAGCCAACAUAGAUGUGCUGGCACUUGAUAAAGAGACAUUCAGAGAGGAGGAAGAGCAGACAGAGGAGAGGCCAGUCCCAGGCUGCGACGAGUCCGGACAGCUGUGCAGUGCAGUGGGGAGGGAACGGGGACCCGGAGUCCCGGACUGAGGUCAGGGGUCUGGGUGAAGGUUAGGAGUUGGCUUUGCCCUCCUUCCCUCCCCAUUCCGCUGCUCACUCAGCUGCCAAUGAGGAGCCGCUGGGUUGUGUCCACCAGCUUAGUCGUUUCAUCGAGAAAAACCAAACUCUUGAACUUUUUUCCGUUAUUGCAUCACAAGCUUGUUUUGCCAAACUGGUCUCUGCCUGCUCAGACUCUCGUGUGUUUUUUUCUUUUUGGAAACUUCCCUCAGAGCAAAAGGAGGAAGUGAUUAACGGUUCAGAGCAACUUUUUCGGGCACCUUAUCUGAGCGGUCUCGCUUUUGCCAAAAAGGACACCAGGAAGAGGGACGGCGGGGGCGGAAUCUGGUGUUUGUGCUGUGGACUGGGACCGGCCUCAGAGACAGACUGCACUGACUGUCCCGUCACGACAUUAAGGGUCAGCAGAGGAAAACGCUCUUAGUAAGGAUCACCCAAUUUAUUACAGAUAGUUUUAAGCCUUGGCUGUAUCACCAGAGAGAUAUAUUAAUAGUGGAAAGGGAAUUUAUAUAAUACUGGUAUUAAACAAAUGGAUCUUAUUUUGUAUACCUGAGCAUGCUGUGGUGCUGUGUGCUCUCUAACAGUCUUUGUAACAAAGGAUUGGAUGUUGCUUUAAAACGUGGGAGGACUUUUUGUUUUCAAAGUAUAAAUGAUUUUCUGGGACAACAUGCACAUCUGCUGCGCUUAAAAUAAAGAACAACUGAGAAUUAAGAAAAAAUCCCAACAAAUGGCUCUAUUCUGCUCCUUUACUGGCAAAUUAUUUCCUUCAUUCCUUGAGUCAAUUUGGACACAAGAUAACAUCUUAGCAUACACCAUGCCACUCAGAUUAAGGUUUUAAUAUCUUAAGAUUUAGACCAAAAGAAAGGAAAUAAAGCAGCUAUUUCUGCUCUAGCUUUUAAUCUACCAAAUGCCACACAGCUAGGUUUAUUUGACCAAGCGAAAAAAUAGGCUGUGUAAUCAUGGAGUCGUUUUUAAUCGCACGCAAAGCUGGAAGCCAAAUAAUCAGAGCUAAAACAAGGCAGUCGUCAGAUUUUAAAAGCUAAAAGUAGGCAGGAAACGUUUGAUUGACUAAUACUUCCUUUAUUCUGGAGAUGCAUCAAUCAAGCUUUUCUGACUUCUUUAAGGUGAAACCUUAAUACCAAUUGUGACCAACGAAGUCUUUCUUUCAGUAGUCUAUUGGGUAUCAUUCUUCAGUUGUUUUCUUGACUCUUUCUUUCGUCUGGGCUUUUAUAUUCCUUUGCGGAAAGUGAAUCACUACCAAAAAUGAGGUUUCAAAUUGCUGAGCAGAGCCAUUAAAAAAAAAAAGUAUCCUCUUCAACUCUGGCCUGACCAAAUUGGUGCAUCUCUUUUCAUUUAGCUGAUGAUUUAAAGUGAAUUUUCAAAAAAAUAAAGUACAGGAUGUUCAAGUCCAAAGUGAUUCUCUCAUAAAUCAGGAAAAUUUUUUCAUGAAGCCCAGCGUCUAUCAGUAACUGAUGGUCAAAGAGCAGAUGUGGACGGGGUCUAAACAGAAAUAAAGCUCCGGGUCUCUGUGGGAAGCAGCAUUUGGAUCUCCUCGUUGGUUUAAAGCUGGCCUUAUAUAACCUUUCUAACGCUGACUGUUCAAUACUCUUGUAAUCACACUUAUUAAAAAACAUUUCUCUGUUUUUGUUUUUUUUUAAUAGGAAUACUGUAAAAUUAGAGAGGCACGCUGCCUUCGUACCAUAACGGGUCACACGAGGUCCUCUUUGUUACUCUGCAGUAUAUCAGAAAACCUUGUUUUGCAGGAUUUUGUACAUCUAAGACCUCGAUGUUUUUAAAUUCCUCUCCUUUUCUACAAUAUCUGCUCCGUGUUACCGUUCAGGAUCCAGCAGGAUUAUGAGCUUUUGGACUGAAACACCAUUUCACCUGGAGCAAAUGUGUCCAUCAUCAGAGGCCAUUGCAGACACACACACACACACACACACACACACACACACACACACACACCCCCACACACACACACACCACACACACACACACACACACCCACACACAUACACACGCCUACACACCCAAAGCUUUACACAGCUUGAGCUGUGCUUCAGCAUGCCAGUAUUUGUCUCAACACCCGGCUUAAAUAAUUACAAAUGUUUUCUUUUUCCUCAUAUUUUGAUAUAAUGUGCUCUAUGCUAUUCCUGUGGCCUUUCAAUAUGAAUAUACUGUAUAAUCUCAGUAUAUGUAUACAUUUUGAAUUUAUAUGCAAAGUUGAUCUCAUAUUACGAAAACAAUAUGAUCGAGGUUUCUUGUUUGGAUUCAUAUCCCAUUUACAAUAAAACGGUGAGCAGCGAGAACUUGAUCAUUUGCACCCGAGGACAGGAAUAUUUCAAGGCGCAGCUUUUCUAUUUAAAGAGAACACGGUUUAUUUCGAGCUGCUUUCUUCUGGGUGGUGUUUUUUGUUGUUGUUGUUGUUUUCUGUUUUGUGUGUGUGUUUGUGUCUUUCUAACAUCAAAAGAGAAAUCGAGUCAUUUUCUCUGUUUGUAAAUUUCCCAGAUCACGGGAACGGACGUUUCUGUGCCCUUAAACUUGUAGCUACAGUACAUGCGCUCGAGAGAGGAAGGUUGUGUAAAAAAUCGAGAGCAGAUAGAGGAGCGGGAGGAGGCAGUGCCACGAUAAAACAAAAUGACAGGAGGAGUGAAUGAUUUGAUGUUACCUCAGUGAGGAAUUCUUCAGGGAUAUUGUUUUUUUUUUGUUUUCUUUUUUGACAAUGCAUCUUGCAUCGUGUUACAGCUUAAAAGUCACGUGGAAUAGCUGUUUUAUUUUGUGCUGUAAACGUUUCUUUUUUUGUUUUUUUUUUUUAAAUAAUGAUUUAAAAAAAAAAAUGCAAUCUGUCUCUGUAGAAAAAGGACGGGCAUGUUAACCAGGGCGGUCACCCUUCUGUCUACUGAGAGAAAAGUAUUGUACAGUGUAUGGAAGCAACUCAAGACAUGUUUAUACAACAAAUAAAUCUUGAAAUAUUUUUUUCUUUAA